UGACAACAUCAGCAACAUUGUUGGUGUCUGGUUCACGUGUUCAUCUGUCGUGUUAAAACAAGUAGUCAAUUUAUUAUUUAUAUAUAUUUAUUGGUUCAUUAAGAACAAUGAUCGUCUCAACAAAUGAAGGCAAUCCAAAUACACUAAAAUUAAUUAUUGCUGCUAACAUAACAGGAAAACAAAUUACUGUAAAUGUAGUCACAUUGACCCAUAACAAUCUAGGGAGAUUGCCUGCUUUAGAGGUAACACCUGGUCUUGAACUUUUUAGUACUCUUGCAGCAGUUGAGUUUCUAGCUCCAACCGAAGAAGAAUCCCGUAUUAUUACUAAUAGAUGGUUAGAAUGGGAAAUAACUCAAUUUCAGCCAGCACUAGUGUCUUAUGGCGGUUCCGGGACAUUAGAGAUGUCUCAUAAACCUCGGAUAUGGUCACUUUUUAAAGAAUUGAAUGCAGCCUUAAAAGAUAAAAAGUUCCUAAUUGAGAAAAUCGCAAAAACAAAUAUUCAAGAGAAAAGUCAAGUUUCAAUUGUGGACUUCUUCAUGUGGGUAUCUGUUUGGGUUGCUACGGGUAUUCCUGAAAUUAGUAAUUUAGUAUCGAAAGAAUUCAUUAACAUAGAAUGUUGGCUCAGAAAUAUUGAAGCGAAUCCAGUAGUUCAACAAUCGUUAAAACAGUUUAAUUGUGAUAGAGGAAUAAAAGGAAUAUCAUGUAUUCAAGCAACGUCUUGGUUUCCUCUUAAUUUAUACACUGGUGGCAAGCAAUCUAAAGCAAUCAAUGAUGCAAGUAUGACAGUUGGCAAUGACGUUGAUUUAAUAAUUAGCACCGACGAGCUUCGUCUGAUUCAAGAUAGUUGGACAACUUCUUCUUACUGUUCAAUUGAAUCUACGUAUCCUAUACCUGUUCCUGUUGAAAAAAAUUUUCUCGUGACAUCUGCUCUUCCUUAUGUGAAUAAUGUUCCUCAUUUAGGAAAUAUCAUCGGUUGUGUUCUUUCAGCUGAUAUUUUUGCCAGAUAUUGCCGUCAAAGGAAUUACAAUACUCUUUUUAUAUGUGGAACAGAUGAGUAUGGAACUGCAACGGAGGCAAAAGCACUUGAGGAAAAAGUUUCACCGCAACAAGUUUGUGAUAAAUAUUUUGAUAUACAUAACGAUAUCUAUCGUUGGUUCAAUAUUGGUUUUGAUUAUUUUGGAAGAACUACAACAGCAGAACAAACUGAAAUUGUUCAAGAUAUGUUUUUGAGGAUAAAGUCACAAGGCUAUGUUUUUUCUGAAUCUGUAAAUCAACUAUUAUGUGAAAACUGCAAUAGAUUUUUAGCUGAUAGAUUUGUUGAAGGCAUAUGUCCUAAUUGCAAGUACGAAGAUGCACGAGGUGAUCAAUGUGAUGGGUGUGGGCACCUUGUUAAUGCAACUGAAUUAAUUAAGCCACGUUGUAAAGUUUGCAGUAACACGCCAAUUAUCAAAGCUUCAACGCAAUUUUUCCUAGAUUUACCUAAAAUCCAAGAUAAAUUAAAAGAAUGGGUCAGUAGUGCUGAAAACGAGUGGUCUCCAAUAGCGAGAGCAGUAACUAAACCGUGGCUUCGAGAUGGAUUAAAACCAAGAUGUAUUACAAGGGAUUUAAAGUGGGGAAUACCAGUUCCUUUGGAAGGAUAUCGUGAUAAAGUUUUUUAUGUGUGGUUUGACGCUCCCUUAGGUUAUAUAAGUAUUACCAAACGGUUUACCAAGUUUUAUGAAAAAUGGUGGAAACCUAACGAGAAGGUUAACAUCGAUUUGUAUCAGUUCAUGGCAAAAGACAAUGUUCCGUUCCACGCAAUCAUGUUUCCUGCCACACUGCUAGCUGCUGAUCAGGGACAUACUUUAGUUAAACACAUUGCAUCGACGGAAUAUCUCAAUUACGAGGAUAGAAAAUUUUCAAAGUCUAGAGGAAUUGGAGUUUUUGGCACAGAUGCAAUUGAAACAGGAAUCCCAGCUGAUGUUUGGCGUUUCUAUUUGGCCUAUAUUAGACCCGAAAAUCAAGAUUCUAAUUUUUCCUGGACUGAUUUGGCAACCAAAAAUAAUAGCGAACUGUUAAAUAAUCUUGGUAAUUUUAUUAAUAGAGCUCUUAUGUUCGUUGAGAAAAAUUUCAAUUCACAAGUACCAAUCAUGGAACCUCAGAAAGAUGAUUAUACAGUUUUGGCCUUAAUACAACGAGAGUUAACCAAUUAUAUUAUUUGCCUCUCUAAAACAAAAAUAAGAGAUGCUUUAAAACACGUUCUUGCAAUUUCAAAACAUGGAAAUCAAUAUCUACAAUCACAAGAACCAUGGGUAAAAAUUAAAGGCAGUGAAAAAGACAGAAAAAGAGCUGGAACAAUUGUCGGCAUUUGUUGUAAUUUAACGUCCUUGCUCUCUGCUCUUUUGGGUCCAUUCAUGCCAAGUACAGCCCGUCAACUAAGAGGACAAUUGGGAAUGGACGAAAAGGAAUACGGCUAUAUUCCUGACCUCGUAACAACUAUAUUAUCUGCUGGGCACAAAAUAGGAAAACCAACACCACUCUUUACAAAAAUAGAAGUUGAACAAGUAGAUGCACUGCGACAAAAAUAUGCUGGAAAAGAAUCUUCACCUUCUCCUCAUAAUAUUAAGGAGUUAGAAGACAAAAUUUCUGAACAGGCGAAUUUAGUCCGUGAACUCAAGUCUAAGGAACCAAAAACAAUGUGGCAACCACAAGUUGAUAUACUAUUAAGUCUAAAAAAGCAAUUAGCUGAACUCACAGGCGUUUCGACAAGUUCUACUGAAAAAAAGUCUAAAAAGAAAAAAUAGACAAUUUACGAAUUGAAUUAUUUAUAAUAAUUGUAUUCUCAAAGCAUUAAAGUAAAACUUGAUUUAAACUUAUGUAUAAUGAUCAUUUCAGAGGCAAAUAACAGCUUCUUUCUAUGUAAAAUUUUUACGUUAGUUUUUUUACUGUACGUAAUAACUGAAAUAUUCACAAGAAAUUAGUUGAAUUUUAUAAGUCAAUUGUUAAAUAAAUUUUAUUGUGUGAAAUAUUAAAAGCUAA